CUUGUUUUACAAGUGAUAAAAAUUGAUGGCUUAUUAUGUCUUUUUUUCUUAUCUACCUUGUAUUUCUCAGGUUUGGGGACCAGGUCUUUGCUAAAAGCUUAGGACCUCCCUCUUCUAAUAAUGCCUCAUGUCUGUGUUUUCUGUUGUCAUCACCUUCUGUACUCUGUUCCCCCACUGAGGUUCCACCCUCAGCUGCUAAUGUUCAUUGCUUAGAGCAUGGGGUUGUCAGUUUGACCUCUCUGCUUCUUCUGCAGUGUCACGAUGUCUGACCGGAAGGCAGUGAUCAAGAAUGCAGACAUGUCUGAGGACAUGCAACAGGAUGCCGUUGACUGCGCCACGCAGGCCAUGGAGAAGUACAACAUAGAGAAGGACAUUGCUGCCUAUAUCAAGAAGGAAUUUGACAAGAAAUAUAACCCUACCUGGCAUUGUAUCGUGGGCCGAAAUUUUGGCAGCUAUGUUACACACGAGACAAAGCACUUCAUCUAUUUUUACUUGGGUCAAGUUGCAAUCCUCCUGUUCAAGUCCGGCUAGGAGGCCGCAGUGGAGGUGUCCGUGGCGGCGGCAGCGAUGGCAGGCAGGCGGCGUUGCUGGGACUGUUUUGCACCGGGGCCAGCAUCAGGAUGUCCUCUCCAAUGGCUGUGCUACUGCAUGGACUGUAUACUCGAUUUCAUGUGUAUGUCGCAGUAAACAAAACCAAACUUCUUUCUGUUUAGUUGCCUGGGGAAGAAGGCUGCUUUAUGUUUAUUUUUCAAGACUUUAAAAUCUUUUCUUUGGUUGUAUUGCACUAGGAAAUCUCUCCCACCCCUCCCUCUUCUCUUUCUCUCCCUACAUUAAAAAAAAAAAAAAAA